GGGAACAGCGGUGAAGUUGUCGGGCGGAGUGGCAGACCAUCUAUUGUUACCAGAGAGCACAUAGACGUCCUUAUGAAGCAAGGACAUACAAUCAAAAAAAAGGCAAAAAUGAUGGGAUGUUCCUCGUCGUUUUUGAACAACAAAUCAAAGCUGGUGGACCUACACAUAAGAGGAAGACUGUCUGCCUUAGAUGACAAUCAGCUGCAAGAGCGUGUGAGCACAUUGCAGGACCAGUAUCCAAACUCUGGGAAUGAGAUGAUGAGGGUGCUGCUUCGUGCUCAAGGUGUGAUUGUCACACGGGCCAGGGUACGCUAAAUGUUGGGAAGGACAAACCUGACAUCUGCUGCAAGAAGGUGGAGUCGGACUGUUGCAAGGCAAUGGACCGGCAGCAGUUCCAGGUGAGCGACGAAGAGCGCGACGUGGCACGGGAAGAAAGCCGCAGGAGGAGGAGAAAGAAAGCCAUCACCUCUUCCUCCUCCGCCUCCAUGGAUCAGGUCAAUGUCGAGUUUGUGCUGCCCACAGCAGCGCGGGGUGGGAGCGGCCCCGACUCUCUGCUGCUGGAGGUCCCCGGGAACUGGACCGUGGAACAGGUGAAAGCCCAGGUCUGGAUGAAGGCGGUGUCUUUAAGCCUCUGUCCCGACUUCUACCAGCGCUUCUCUCCGGACCACUGCAUCCUCCUCUACCAGAAGAAGGGCACUGUGUGCGAGAUCUAUGACAAGCACCAGGUCUUCCAAACUCUGGACUGCAUUCGUUACUGGAGAGCUCUGAAGAAAGACGUGGGUCGCAUCCAGCUGGCUCCCCGUCCGCAGCAGUCAGAGGAGUCCCAGCAGUACCAGCGCUACCUCAACUACCUGAUUGGCUAUGACGUGACCGACGUCAGCAACGUUCAUGAUGACGAGCUGGAGUUUACUCGCAGAAAGCUGCUGACGCCGCGACGCAUCGAGUUGUCAGACCGGGACUCAAAACUUUACUCCAUGGACCCCUGGGUCACCUGGAAGCCAGUGCCCGAACACCUCCUCUCCAAGGUUAAUAAUGGUUAUAUCCUGGUUGUGAUCCAUGUCAGCACUUCCAGCCAAACCAUCAAAGUCUCCAUUGAGGACACUCCAUCACAGGUAUUAGGGAACUUCUUUGCAAAAACGGCUAAUAAAAGGGUUUUGUUGGGAAUCCCUGAAAACAUGAGCGAGGAGGACUUUGUUCUCCGGGUGUGCGGCAGAGAGGAGUAUUUGUAUGGAGAGAGAGCUUUGCAAAGCUUUAACUGGAUCCGCCAGUCCCUCAAGAGCGGAGAGGAGAUCCACCUGGUUCUGGAGACUCCACCUGAUCCUGAGCUGGAUCAUGUGCAGAGGGAGGACUGGGCCCAAGUGGAUGAUUGCACAGGAGUUACAGGUACCCACGAACAGUUGACCAUUGCUGAGAAGGACCAUGAGCGAGUGUUCACCAUCUCCAUGUGGGACUGUAACAGGAAGUUCAGAGUGAAAGUGCUUGGAAUUGACAUCCCGACGCUCCCCAAACUUCCAGAGUUCACUGUCUUUAUUGAGGCCAGCAUCUUCCAUGGGCAGCAGCUUCUAGCGCAGGAAAGAACAACCUCCAAAACAUUUAAUGAAGAAGUGCUGUGGAACUGCUGGCUGGAGUUUAACAUAAAGAUCAGGGACCUGCCUAAAGGGGCACGCUUGAACCUGCAGGUGAUCUGUGGGAAGCAACCCCAAACAGCCAACUCCAAGGGAGGCUCCUACCACGAAAAUACCGCCGUAACCUACAGCCUUGAAGCCAAGACCAAGAACCGCCUCCUGUACUAUGUCAACCUGCUCCUGAUCGACCACCGCUCCCUCCUGCGCCAAGGCGAGUUCAUCCUCCACAUGUGGAAGAUGCCCGAGAAGAGCGAGGAGAGCAGCAGCAGCAUCAACGCCGACAAGCUGACCUCUGCCACGAACCCAGACAAGGCCUCCUCCAUGGCCAUUGCCAUUUUAUUGGACAAGUACUGCUACCCGGUGGUGCUGCCCAAAAGCAGGGAAGUGGGCAGGGACUGCGUGGUCGGCAGCGAGGAGGGUGACGCCGGGGAGAGAGGCCAGAGAGAGAUGCCGAACCACCUGAAAAAGCAGUUUGAGGCGAUCGUGUCCACUGAUCCCUUACAUCCGCUCAGUCCGGAGGACAAAGAGCUGCUGUGGCACUUCAGGCAUGAGUGCAUGCGGGAUCCCAGAGCAUACCCAAAGCUGCUGGGCUCAGUCAGAUGGGGGAAACAGGAAGACGUUCUGGCAACUCAUCGUCUGUUGGAACGCAGCUACGCAUGGGACACCAGUGGUCUGGAUGUCGGUCUGGCAAUGCAGCUGCUAGACUGCCACUACUCGGACGCCCAAGUUCGUUCCAUGGCAGUUCGCAAGCUAGAGACACUGGAGGACGAUGACGUACUCAGGUAUCUUCUCCAGCUGGUCCAGGCUGUCAAGUUCGAGCCGUACCACGACAGUGCCCUAGUCCGCUUCCUGCUGAAGAGAGCUCUGAGGAGUAAGCGUAUCGGUCAUUUUCUGUUCUGGUUCCUGCGGAGCGAGAUUGCCCAGUCUAUGCACUACCAGCAGAGGUACGCUGUGCUGCUGGAGGCUUACCUCCGAGGUUGUGGGGAGAACAUGCUUCAGGACUUCAGAAAGCAGGUGGAGAUGACUGAGGCACUUCAGAAAGUCACGCGUGAGAUGAAAGCCAUGUCGGCUGACAAGUAUGACGUUACAGCACAAGUUGUGUUCCAGCUGCGUCAGAAACUGGAGACCUUACAGUCGUCUGGCCUCCCGGAAAGUUUCCGAGUCCCUUACGAUCCGGGACUGAGAGCUGGAGCGCUACUGAUUGAGCAGUGCAAGGUGAUGGCGUCCAAGAAGAAGCCGCUGUGGCUGCAGUUCAAGAGGGCCGACCCGACCACGCUGUCCAAAGACCCUAUAGGCAUCAUUUUUAAGGAUGGAGAUGACCUCAGGCAGGACAUGCUCAUCCUGCAGAUUCUGCUCAUCAUGGAGUCGAUCUGGGAGACCGAGUCCCUAGAUCUCUGUCUGCUACCGUAUGGCUGCAUCUCCACCGGCAACAAGAUUGGAAUGAUUGAGAUUGUUAAAGAUGCCAACACCAUUGCUAACAUCCAGCAGAGUGUCGUUGGAAGCACGGGUGCUUUUAAGGACGAAAUCCUCCAUCAGUGGCUGCGGGACAAGUGUGUCAGUGAAGAAAAGUUCCAGCUGGCAGUGGAGAAGUUUUUGUACUCCUGUGGCGGGUACUGCGUGGCCACCUACGUCCUGGGGAUCGGCGAUCGUCACAAUGACAACAUUAUGAUCACAGAAUCGGGGAAUCUGUUCCACAUCGACUUUGGUCACAUCCUGGGGAAUUACAAGAGCUUCAUGGGAAUCAGCAAAGAGUGGGUUCCCUUCGUGCUCACGCCGGACUUCCUGUACGUCAUGGGAACGUCAGGGAAGAAGAUCAGCCCCCACUUCCAGAAGUUCCAGGACGUGUGUGUGAAGGCUUACCUUGCUCUUCGGCAUCACACCAACCUGCUCAUCAUUCUAUUUUCAAUGAUGCUGAUGACUGGCAUGCCACAGCUGACAAGCAAGGAAGACAUCGAGUACAUCCGCGAGGCCCUGACUGUGGGCCGCAGUGAGGAUGAGGCGCAACGCCACCUGCUGGACCAGAUCGAGAUCUGCCGGGAGAAAGGCUGGAUGGUUCAGAUCAACUGGUUUGUUCAUCUGGUCCUGGGGAUCAAGCAGGGCGUGGAGAAACGUUCCACGUAGGAAACUGGGAGCCGUCCUUGUUUUCAGCUGUGGGGCUUCUGCAGCUACACUUCUUCUUUUUAUUUUUAUUUUUAUUUUUUUAGAACUUUUCCAUUUUUUAUGUUUUCACUGAAAUAAAAUUUAAUUAAUUUUGCUCUCUUUUAAAGCAAAAAGCAAGAGUGACUUUUUAUCGCACUUUACAGACCAAGUCAAGAUCACCUAAAAGUAAAGUGCUGUAGGGUUCAUAGCUGGGGCCCGUUCUUCGUAUGUUGCUUAAAACAUCCAAGAUCAAAUGACACAUCCAAGAUGAUUUCAUCCGGCUAACCAUGAUCCGG